CGGACUUGCAAGGCGCCUUCCAAGGCUCCCCGCUCGCAUGCCACUUGCUUGAAACACACCCAUUUACCAUCCACCCCAUCUGUCCUACCAUCCCUGUGCGCCUUGCUGUGUGGCCCGGGGCCUCGCAGAGCGCGGGUGUUAGGAGGCGACCCUGCGAACCCCAGGCUCACCCAAUAGGGAGCUGUAGGAGGAAUGCGGCAGGAAUGGCACAAGCCUAGAGUGGGGGCCCUUUCCAGAGGCAGCCCCUCCUGAGUGUGACUUUGGACAGCUCGCUGAAUCUCUGCUUCCUUCCCUGCAAAAAUGAAAAUUCAUUCAAUGGAUGAAGUUAAGAAGUGCCAAGCGUGAGGAUCUCCUUUAGAAGAGGAGAAGCCUUGCAUCAACCUCUUGGGCCUCAGCCAAGAUGUCUGAGAUACUGUCCACUAUAGUCUCCAAGAACAUGACCAAUAACAAGAACAGCCUGGAAUCCAUGAACAUCAGCUCUUCUUCAAGCACUGAAGAGAACCCAAAUAAACAGGCAAGAAAAAACAAAGAGCAUAGUCCUGACCCUUCAGCGAAUCCUUUCCACUUAUCUGGGGAUGUGGAUUUCUUCUUGCUCAGAGAUCAGGAACGGAAUAAGACUCUCUCCGAGCGGCAGCGGCAGAAGACGAUGAGAGUGCACGAGAAGAUGACCUACUCCUCGAAAGUGUCGGCUAAGCACAGCGACCUGCGGAGGCAGCUGCAGCUGGAGGACAAGCAGGAGGACCUGGAGGCGCGCGCCGAGGCCGAGCAUCAGGGCGCUUUCCGCGACUACACGACCCGGAAGCUCACCUUGACCAAAGAAAAGAAUGUGGAGCCUGAGAACAUGAGUGGCUACAUUAAGCAGAAGAGGCAAAUGUUCCUCCUCCAGUAUGCCCUGGAUGUCAAGCGGAGAGAGAUCCAGCGGCUGGAGACGCUGGCGACCAAAGAGGAGGCCAGGCUGGAGCGGGCCGAGAAGUCCCUGGAGAAGGCCGCCGCCUUGUUGGACGAGUUCCUCAGGCAGAAUGGCUGCAGCUCCGUGCAGGCCAUGAGAGUGGCUGAGAAGGAGACCAAAGCCAAGAUAGAGAAGAUCCUUGAGAUCCGGGACCUCACCACCCAGAUUGUUAAUAUCAAAAGUGAGAUCUCCAGAUUUGAAGACACUCUGCAGCAUUACAAGGUCUACAAGGAUUUUCUAUACAAGCUGUCACCCAAGGAGUGGCUUGAAGAACAGGAAAAGAAACACUUGUUUCUCAAAAAGGCCAAGGAGGUCUCCGAGGCUUCCAAGGAGAGCAGUGUUAACUCCACACCAGGGGACAAAGGACCAGGGAUCAAGGGCAAGGCGAGCUCCGUGUGGGCCAAAGAGGGUCAGGGCACAAAGAAGCCCUGCAGGUUUCUGCAGAUGAUGCGGCUGGGGCGGAGCCUGUCUUACCUGAGCAGCCCCCAGCAAGGCAGCCAGCCCAGCGAGUCCAGCGGUGGCGACUCCAGAGGGUCGAACUCUCCCAUCCCUCCCACGCAGGAGGACACCGACAGCGAUGGGGAGGAACCACAGCUGUACUUCACGGAGCCCCAGCAGCUCCUGGAUGUCUUCCGAGAGCUGGAGGAGCAGAACCUGUCGCUGAUUCAGAACAGGCAGGAGAUGGAGGAGACCCUGGAGGAGCUGAGCCACACCCUGAAACACACUCAGAUCCGCAUGGACAGGGAGGUCAACCAGCUGAAGCAGUGGGUCACCACAAUGAUGAUGUCCAUCACCAAGGAGGAGGACACAGCAGCUGAGCUGGAGCUCAAAGCCCGAGUCUUCCACUUUGGCGAGUACAAGGGUGAUCAGGAGGAUAAGCUGCUAGAGAGCCUCAACUGCAAGGUGCUGGAUGUGUACCAGCACUGCACUGGCACCCAGCAGGAGGCCAACCUGGGCACCGUGCAGAUGCUGACCAUCAUUGAGCACCAGCUGGAUGAGCUGCUAGAGAACCUGGAGCGCGUGCCCCAGGUCAAGAUCGAGCAGGCCGAGAGGGCAAAGGCGAAGGAGCGGCGCAUCAGACUUCGAGAAGAGAAGCUCCAGAUGGAAAAGAUCCUACAGGAGGAGCGUCUGCAGCGGGCCCGGGCACGCGCCCAGGCUGAGAUCAAGAAGAAGAGAGGCAGGACACUGGUAUGCCGCUCACAACCCCCAGCCCACAGGAUCAAACAACAGUCUGAGCACACACUGAUGGACAAGGAGAAAGAGGAGCUGCUAUUUUUCUUUACUUAAUCUUCGCAGACCCUAGCUGUUCUGGAUGAAGGCUUAUCAAAGAUGCUGGCAGAGGAAGCAGACUGGGUUGGGUCUCGAGUGGCCCAACUGAGUCCUCUCUGUCUCCUGUGUGCUCCCUUCCUCACCUGAAUAAAUUCAUGUCUCUCUGGA